CUUUAAUUGAGAUACAUUGGUUAAAAAGUAUUCUUACAAAAUGUCUUUCAAAGUCACAACAAUGGUCGCUGCUCUGGUGAUCUGCCAAGUCCUAGCUCAGCAUGGACUCGAGCACCACAAGCCAGCCAUCUCCUCCCAGCACAUCGAGCGUCUUGACAUCCCAGCUAAACCUCCCAAGGGUUUCAACGAUGGCCAUGGUCAUGCUAAAUACGAAUUCGAAUACAAAGUGCACGACCCUCACACUCACGACGUGAAGCAGCAGCAUGAGACCCGAGACGGCCACUCCGUGCACGGCGUCUACAGUCUGCACGAGGCUGACGGCUCCAUCCGCACUGUCAAGUACUCCGCUGACAAGAAAACUGGAUUCCAAGCUGACGUCAAACACACCACCAAGCACGAACAGAAACAUUACAAUUGAUUUGGGCUCUUUAUAAUUAUAUUGUUUUUCAAUACGUCGAUUCUCAUUUUAA